AUGGAGGAGGCCGUGGAGGACAUCGUCAUCGCCGGCGCGGGCCUCGCCGGCCUCGCCACGGCGCUCGGGAAGGGGGUGAGGUGCCUGGUGCUGGAAUCGUCGCCGGCGCUGCGCGCGUCGGGGUUCGCGUUCACGACGUGGACCAACGCCUUCCGCGCCCUCGACGCCCUCGGCGUUGGGGACAAGAUCCGGGAGCACCAUCUGCUCCACGAGCGGAUGAUUGCCUUCUCUGCAGCUACUGGUGAAGCUGCUACAGAAGUAAGCUUAAAGAUUCAGGGCAAAAGCGGGCCACAGGAAAUCCGGUGCGUGAAGCGGGACUUCCUGCUGCAGACGCUCGCGAACGAGCUGCCCGAGGGCACCAUCAGGUACUCGUCCAAGGUUGCGGCCAUGGAGGAAGACGGCAGCGUGAAGACCCUGCACUUGGCAGAUGGUUCCAUCAUAAAGGCCAAGGUCGUGAUAGGGUGCGACGGCGUGAACUCGGUGGUGGCGAAAUGGCUGGGCCUGCCGAAGCCGGUCCUCUCGGGCCGCUGGGCCAUCAGGGGCCUCGCCGAGUACCCGGCGGGCCACGGCUUCGGCCCCGAGAUCCUGCAGUUCAUCGGCCACGGCUUGCGCUACGGCGUGCUGCCCUGCUCCGACACCUCCGUCUACUGGGGCUACACCUGGUGCCCUUCCCCGGCAGACGGGGACGCCGAGGAGAGCGUGGCCAAGAUGCGGAGCCACGUGGUGGCCAAGCUGCGGGGCGCCAAGAUCCCGGCGGAGGCGCUGGAGGUGAUCGAGCGGAGCGAGAUGAACGACGUGGCGUCGUCGCCGCUGCGGUUCCGGUCCCCGCUGGCGCUGGUCCGCGGCAGCAUCAGCCGGGGCGGCGUGUGCGUGGCGGGCGACGCGCUGCACCCGAUGACGCCGGAGCUCGGGCAGGGCGGGUGCGCCGCGCUCGAGGACGGCGUCGUCCUGGCCCGGUGCCUGGGUGAGGCCUUCGCCGUCGCCCGCUUCGGCAGCCACGACCAGGAUCAGGAGGGGCGGGUCGUCAAGGCGGCGCUGGAGAAGUACGCGGAGGCGAGGCGGUGGCGCAGCAUCCAGCUGAUCACUGCCGCCUACGUCGUCGGCUUCAUCCAGCAGAGCAACAACGCCGUGGUCAGGUUCGUCAGGGACAGGUUCCUGGCUGGACUGUUGGCCAAGACGCUAGUCGCCAUGGCGGACUACGACUGUGGCACGCUAUGA